CAUCAACACGCCAUCAAGUGUGAUCAAGUAACUAUGAGCGGACGCCAUGGCGCCGGUCGAGUAGUGUUCUUUUUAUCGUUCUUUCGUGCGUAGUAACUAGCAGAUUGCUGACGGAGCGCGCAACUGAUUUUCGACACCCCAGUCCGCAGCAAUCAUGGCCGCUAGCCCGAAGCGUGUCCGAUCGGCGGACACCAAGAAAGAGCGAAGCCGAGAACGAACGAAGAAGAGCAGGACGGCAUCCACUAGCAGCUCGCGUUCAAGCAGCGCUGCCAGCAGCGGCAGUAGCUCCAGCGACAGCAGUUCGAGCGGAAGUGCCUCCAGUGAAUCGUCCCGCUCUUCGUCGUCAUCAUCUUCAUCAUCGUCUCGCUCAACUUCCGUGUCGCCACGAAGGCGCCGGAACCGUGUGUCCAGGCCUGCGAAGCCAGCCCCUACUCCUGCACCCACGUCGGCAAGCGGAGCUCGUGGCGGUGGCGGAGGAGGAGGUGGCACCACCAACGCAACCACUUCCAGCAGCAGCAGGCGCAAGCGGACGCCAUCGCCGCCCCGCCCGUGCAAGAUUCACGUGGGUCGACUGACUCGCAAUGUGACCCGUGACCACCUGCUAGAGAUCUUUGGCUGCUACGGCGCGGUGAAGAGCGUCGAGCUACCUCCGGAUCGGACCCACAGCCACCUGUCGCGGGGGUUCGCCUACAUUGAGUUUGAAAACCCCGCAGAUGCCGAGCGGGCCAUGCGCCACAUGGACGGGGGUCAGAUUGAUGGUCAGGAGGUGACAGCAGCAUCAGUCUUGCUGCCACGACCCGUGCCUCCGAGGCGGCCCAGCCCCCCCAUGCCUCCAAGACGACCCCCUGCGCCGCCUCCGCACUGGAGAAGAUCAUCCCCACCGAGGUCACGUCCACGGAGGUCACCUCCACCAAGGGGACGUUCAGGCCGGAGUCCUCCAUCAGGUCGACAUCGCUCACCAAGACCGUCGCGAAGAUCGCGGUCUCCAGCCGGCACAGGUGGUGGACCCCGACGCCACGCACGCUCGAGCUCCAGCUCUUCACGUUGACCGCCACUUUCAUCGAAGGCCUCGCUGCUUUGGCAUUCAUUGUAACCACGACUACCACCUGCCGUCAUUUCUCUAUAAGCUGGACAUUUCCUUGCCUGUAAAGUAUAUAGUGAACUACUUCAUGGCACUGUUAAUUUGGUCUGCUGUGCAUCUUGUUGAGGUCAUUUGAGUACUUCAUUCCCUGAUCAUGUGUUGUACACUGUCUAGCAUUGGAAAUAUUGGGUAGAUUUGCAGUGAUGCCUGUAAAUAAAGUUCUUGAUGUUGUGUUCA